AACAGAGAGUAGAACGUUUAGUGUGCGAGAUAGAAAGAGAGAGAAGUGGCAGCACGAGUAGAGUGCGCGCGUAACCCAGCGCACCGUCAGCCUUCUCGCAUCGAACUCGAAGCCAGACGACGCGACAUUGAGGGCCAAGUCGGCGGGUCUCACGCAGCGCGCACUCAGUUUGCAGUCUGGUAGCGGAGCGAGCAGACGUCUGUUCGAACGUCUCACAAACGCGCUCUGACAAAACGUAUUUCUCUUUCGGAAAGGAAUUCUCUCGUAGUCGUGUAUAUAAGUAGUUACUCUACUCCUCAUUCACGCAGAGAGAAAGAGACAGUCUAGACUCUACCGAGUUUCGAAGCAGAGUUCAAGUUCACUGUUUGAGAAGAUUUUCGUCUGAUCGUGUGAUCGUGAUAUAUAGAUAUAUAUUUUUCUCUCUCGAGAUUUCGAUCUCGAUUUUUUUUUUAAUAUACAUAUAUGUACGUAUGUAUGGAUAUAUCUAUAUAGAUAUAUAUGUGUGUAUAUAAAUAUCGUGCAGGACAGCAGCCAUCAGUGACUCGAACAUUUCUUUCGGCCGAUCGAGAACGAAAGGAUUAAUUUUCUAUCGGCAUUUAUCGAAAGUGGUGGACCAUAUAUUCUUUCUUUCCUUUUUCUUUCUGUUCUUCUGUUUCCUCGCUCGUACACGAAACGCGUACUUAACCGAGACGUUCGUUUGUGGUGCGGAAUUGAACGAUAAAGAAGAGAGAACCGAAGGAUUCAACGGGAAGAAAAUCGAGCAAUAAUUCCACGUUAUGCCGACAGUGACUUAGAAAUAUUCUACAGGAACAUUGGUUAUCGUGUCGUUCGCGAACUUUUUCAAAAACGGAAAAAGAAAUCUAUAGGACAAGAAAACUCGUGUGCGUGCAUUCGUCGCGCGCGUAUAAUAAAACUUUGAUCGUUCGAUCGAUCGCAUAACCGAAUUAAAUCGGACAAUCUUGAAAAAAAUAAUCUUUAGUUUUUGUUCAUCGUUCUCGUUGUUGUUUAUUAUCACUAUUCUUAUUUUUUAUUAUUAUUACAAUCAUUAUUACUACAACUACUAUCGUCACUACCAUCAACCAUCGCUAUUAUUCGUACGAACGCUUGACGCAUAUAGAAGCAAAGUGCAUCGACCGUUGGACGUGCGAUCGUAUCCGAAAGAAUCUUUCAAAAUUGAUGUACUAAGAAGACGAAUUAUGGUGGCAGAAUUUGUCGCCCGUCAGAGUGGAUCGCCCAUAAAUGGUGAGACCGCUUGCCUAAACAGUAACAUGCCGGCCAGCCACACAAUGGCGCACGCAGGUCACGCUGGCCACGGUGGUCACGAUGCUCACGGACCACUACCACCACUUACACAUCCGGCUCAUCAUGGUGCACCUAUUCAGCAGCAGCAGCAACAACACGCACCGCAGCAGCAGCCGCAACAACCACCGCCGCCACCACCUCAGCAGCCUUCGCAUCAUCAUCACCACCACCACCAGACGCAACAGCAGCAACAACAUCAUCAACAGCAGCAACAGCAGCAGCAACAGCAACAGCAGCAGCAGCAGCAGGCGCAACAGCAGCACCAACAACAGCAGUCACAGCAACAUCAACAUUUACACCAAGAUUCACAACAGGUGACACAUCCCGAAAACUUCCCCCCGAACUUCGACAUCAGAAAAGAGCUCUUUUCCCAGCGCAAGCAGAGAGAGUUCAUCCCGGACAACAAGAAGGAUGACAGCUAUUGGGACCGGAGGAGACGCAAUAACGAGGCGGCCAAGCGGUCGCGCGAGAAGAGGCGAUUCAACGACAUGGUGCUAGAGCAGCGUGUCAUGGAGCUGAGCAAGGAGAACCAUAUACUAAAGGCGCAACUCGAGGCUAUACGCGACAAAUUCGGUAUAUGCGGGGAGUCCGUGAUAAGUACGGAACACGUGCUCGCGGCAUUGCCCGCGGAACCACCGAUAAGCGUGAAAAGGGCGAAACUACCGGCCUCGGCAGCCCUCCUUUACGCGAGAACACCGAGUCCCGUUCACACGUCGGUGAUCCAUCAGCCUGUUAGCGGUGCCAGAUCGCCUAGAUCACCGGCCCAGCUUUACGUGCCCGAAACAACCGCUUAUCCGGAAACGGAAAGCUUCCAAUAUCCUUAUCCGCAUCCGGCCAUGCAUCUCGAUACGACGAGCGCGUUGAAUUUAUCGCGAGGACGAAGAGCACAGUCGCCGUUCGAGUUAUCCUCCGGUAGCGGCGACGAGGGUGGGCCACAGAUGAUAGUAAAUUCUUCGGCCAACAACAGUCUGCCGCACAAACUCAGGCAUAAAUCCCGUAUAGGUGACAAGGACGCCGCGAGUGCUCUACUCGCAUUACAAGGUAUCAAACAGGAGCCCGGACCAAGAGCGUCGCCACCUUGGGACAAUGAAGGUUCCAGCGACGAACGGGAUUCUGGUAUAUCAUUGGGAGCCGAAUGGACCGGACCAAGCGUGGCUACCGUCCCGGAAAGUGAGAGGGAAGUCAAGUCGAGGCUCGACCGUCUUGCAUCCGAAGUUGCCUCAUUGCAGUCCAUACUUCGCCUAGGCAAGCCAACCGACAGUCUGAUGGCUGGACAUCCAUUGCCAACCAACGCAACGACACACAAUGGACCAUGAACAAAUGUCAUCGUCGUUUUCACGAACUUGUGUCGAUGGAAUUUACCCUGUUCUAAACGAACUAUCGUGUUUUUAUCAUAUCCUCCAUCUUCGAGAUGCUCGAAAACCGAUUCGAUCAAGAUCCGUACACGUCUCGACGAACUUUUAAUGGCCGUACUCGUCGAUUGGUUCUCGCCGAACGAAACAACGGAGAGAGGAGAGGGUGACCAAUUCCUUCGUCCAAUGUCGAUCAUCAUACGCGAAGCGAAACAUCGAUUAUUCUUAUUGGCGGAAAAAUGAACUCGAUUCUGGGCGUCUUCGAUUCUUUCGCUUUGCACGGUGAUAUUCGUCGAGAAAGGAACGAGGAGGGGGGAGACCCUUUACCGGACGGAUAUUCUCUCUCCCCUCUUCUUCCUUAACUUUCCCCACCCAGUCACCUCUCCUCCCCCCGCCCCUCCACUCCGCUCCAUCCGAUGCGUCGAUGCUGUCGCAAAGUAGUAACUGAUAAAACGAACGAGAUACGAUAUUUAGGUUACUCGUUACUAUAAUUACGUUCUUAUUAAGAUCUUUAAGCUAUUCGUUAUAUUUUAUUCAUUAUCGUUAACAGCGAGUUUGUUAAUUUGGGACAGUCGUAUAUCGCUAAACGCAUACGUAAAUCGAUACGAAACUAUCGGAGUUUAUUCGAAUCACAGAGAUCGUCUCUAAACAGGUAAUAUUAAGUGAACGAACACUUGAACGAACCGUUCUCAUCUUGAGAACAUUCUUAUCGAUCUUUCGGCUAGUAUGGAGGCGUUCUCGAGUAUCGAGCUUAGUUUACGAAUACAAAGUUUACCUGCUCUGGACGAGAUGCAUCGUUAUAUACGUUUAUCCACGUAAUAGAUAUUUACGUAUAUACGAAUCUAAAAAACAUUUUGACGUUUUAGACUACCAAUCGCAACGAGAGUUAUUAUUUUUCUAUGCCUCCGUGAAUUUCUUUUUCUUUUUUUUUUCUUUCUUUCUUUCUUUCUUUCUUUUUCCUUUUUUCUUCUUUUUCUUUCUGUUUUCUGUCUCUUUUUUUUUUUAUCCCACUCCUUACGUGCCGUAUUCAUCUUAAGCGGAUUUACUCGUAAAUAUAAUAGAGGAGUGUUAAGCCGCUUUCGCAGGAACAUUUGCGAUAUUACAUAAAUGUACUUCCGUUUUCUCUUCGAUGCGAAUACGAUAUCUCAGCACGUAAGCAUAUUUCGUGAAUAAAUACGAACAUUUCAUUUAUAGGAUAUACACGUAAGAAAAACUUUAUCUGGCAAAAUUAUAAUCUGUUCGAUUUGAACGAGACCGAUCCGAACGUUCGCGCGAAAGCGACUUUAUUCUACGAUUAAUGUAAUCGUGGUCGCGCAACCGGCUAUCUCACUACCAUCAAGAUACGUUUGAAAGGUAAAUUUCGUAUCGUCGAGAUCGUUAACCGUGAAGCAAUAGAUAAGCUCUCGUUACGAUACCAUCCAAGAAAAGAAGAUCAUUUUGAUUUUCUUCGUACGUAAGUACGUAGACCAAUACAUACAUAAACAUGUCGUUUAAAGAAGAAUAGAUAUGUGUAUCAUGCGAAUAUACACUAAGUCGCCUUACUAGCAGUUAGUCUAUAUAUAUGUGUGUAUAUAUAUGUAUGUAUUAUAUGUGUGUGUAUAUAUAUGUAUGUAUAUAUAUAUAUGUAUGUAUAUAUGGCACAUGAUAAAAUCAAAAUGACAAUUAUCAUUAUCUUGUUCUUUCUUUGUCUCUCAGAAAAUUUGAGCCUCUUUAUACGAUCGAACGAAUGAAUUCAUUCUAUAUAAAACGAUACGAAAUUAUUACGUUCGCCGAGAAAAAAGAAAGAAAGAAAGAAAGAAAGAAAAAAAGAAAAGAAGAAAAAGAAAAAGAGAAUUAAAUAAAUAAAUCGAUCAAUCAAUAAAACGCGAUCAAAUUAAAAUAAAACGCGAGCUGUUUUAUGAGAAAUCUUCAUGAUCGUGUAUUUAGAAUCGUUUUCAUUAUGAUAUUGUCAUAGUUUUAUCGUAAACGUUUUUCACCCUUCGCCUUUCGUCCCUUCGUACCCCAUCAUCCUUCACCUUCUCGUGACUGUUUCCUUUUAUUAUUUUUCUUUUAUCGGUGAUCGUAAACGAGAUGCGAUCGCGCGCAUAUGUCUACGUAUUUAAAAGGAUCGACAAUUCAUCAUACAGAUUAAAAACGCAUAUAUACAUAUAUACACUGUAGACUUGCAAUUUACGCAACUGCAGUUUGUGCUUUGCACAGCACUACGUUAAAAGUUAUUUAUCGGAAUAUCGGUAAAAUUUUUAAGUAUCUUCAUCGGAUCUUCGUUAUAAGCCGAAAUUAAUCUUUAAACCGAUAUUUAGGAUCGAAGUAUUAAGUGAGCCUAUAGUUAUAUAUUAAAAACGUAAAUAAAUAAACAAAUAUAUAUAUACAUAAAUAUAUAUAUAUAUACAUACAUACGUAUAUGUGCAUAUAUAUAUGUAUAUGUAUAUAUAUAUAUAUAUAUAUAUAUAUAUAUAUAUAUAUAUAUAUACACACACACAUAUAUAUAGAAAUUAAUGUAUUUUUCGAUAUCGUGAUUAUGGCGAGCGGUUAUUGUUUGCAAAUUGUCGAUUUGCCGUAUAAAUAAAUUCAUCGAAUCGAAACGAAUGUCGUCCAUCGUACGUCUCACUUCACGUUAAUGCAAUGAAAAUUUUUUGUGAAAACAAAAUUGAAUGUUUUCAACCAACGAAUGACUGAUUUUUGAGAAAAAGCGGGCGACUUUUGCAAAAUGUAAAAAAGUUAUUUGGAAAUACGUCCUAUUAGAAGAAUUUACAUACGCCUUUGUGUCUAUUAUAUAACAUAUUGUAUACAUGUAUAUGUACAUAGUAAGUCAUAGUAAUAUUCGAACACUUUAUGAAAUAACGUGUUUUUUUUUUUCUUUUUUUUUUCUUUUUUUUUUUAACUAAUCGCAAACAAAGUGUUCUAAAGAUUGUUUAGUGUAUCUAUAUGCAACAUAAUUUGUGUGAAUCUACAUAUAGUAUAUGAAGAAUUGAAGAAAAAAUUAUUUUUACAAAUACAAAAUGAGAUUCUUUUUAUGAUAUUUCAUCAAGAGAUUUUAUAAAAAAAAAAAAAGAGAGAGGAAAAAAGCCAAAAAAAAAUUAUAAUAAUUGAUCGAUUUUUCUGUGUCAGAAUAAACGUAAACCAGAUCUACAAAAUGCAUAUAUUAUUUCUUUAAGCUUUAGAUAGCAAGUAUAAAAAAGAAAAAAAAAAUUCUCAUUUUGUACCUUUAUCGUUGUUAAAAUAAAAGAAAACUAUUUUUUUCUCUUGUUUCUUUUUUUUCGUAUUCUUCUUUUCAUCGUCAUACUUCAUAGAUAUCGCAUUAAUUUUUUUCUCCACGGUAUUCCAUUAUUAAAAUUACAUGGGGCACUUUGUUUUGACAAAAUGACAAAUUAUUAUUAAAAUUAUAUAAUUGAGAAAAUACAAAAUCCGCGAAAAAAAUUUAAGAAUGGGCCAUUCGAAAUUAAGAAGAUUUGCUAUAAUUUGACGAACGAAUCGAGCAGUUCGUACGAUUUUUGGCGUCGACGAUUUAAUAGUGAUCAACAUUAACCGAAAGCCAUUCAUUGUAAUUAUGAAGCGUACCUUUAUUUAUUAUUACAUCGACCGCCUAUUUAACGAAAGCGAACGAUCGCGAUCGACAAUUAAAUUGAUCGAUCUAACGUAACCAAGACGUAACGAACGAUACUUGAGAGCGAUCAAUAUCGUCGAUCAUUUCGUCGUCUGAAUCACUUCCAAAGCAGAUCGAGGAGACACUUGAUCUGUAAGCACGUUCAUUAAGAUUUAUAUAUAUAUAAAAGAAAAAAAAAUGAAAAAAAAAACACAUAACAAGACUGUUUAUUAUAAUCGGCGUUAUUCGCGUAAAGAUCUCGCAACAAUUUUGUUCUUUCUACCUUAUUUCUCUCUCUAUCUCUCUAUCUCUCUCUCUCUCUCUCUCUCUUUUUCUAUUUUUUGAUAUUCUACUUUCGUUUUUCUUGUUUUUCUUUUUUGUUCGUGUUAAUCUUGUUUUUUCUUUUUUUUUUUUAAAGUUGAAUGCUUUUAUAUUAUUUUAUACGGCACGUUAUGUUAUAUAAAUACAUAAAUAGUACGCCAAAAUUUUGCGAACGACAGUCGAAAUAAUGUCGUUUACCAAAGGAAUCGUUAAUAAGACGACUUAUUGAUUGGCUAUCAGGAAAAAAAAAAUUACAGAAAUAAAAAGAAUCAUGCUUAAAGAUAAUCUUGGAAAGUUGUAAGCAUUGUAUCUAAAAAAAAUCGGGCGCGUAUGCACGAAACGGACACAUACACACACACACACACACACACACAUACAUACAAUAACUAUGAUCUUAGCAAUAAAAUUCUGUUAUUCAAAAGAUCGUCUCUUACUCGUAAAAAUAAAUAAAAAAGAGAAAAGAAAAGAAAGAGAAAAAAAAGUAAUGUUCGUUAUUUUUUUUUUCUUUUUUCUUUUUUUUUUCUUGUGUCUCCUUUAGUUCGAACUUAAUCCACGAACGAAAAACUUUGGAUCUAUUCAAUUCGAAGAAGAGACAUUACAGUUUUGAAAAAUAUAAUAACAUAUGAAAUAUAUUAUUAACUUUCUUCUUCGUCCGCAGUUUGUAUAAGAAUGAAAAGAUAAUGAGAUAAAAUGGAUAUUAAAUAAUUGACAGAUUAAUUGCUGUAUAAUAUUACCGUGAGUGCCUACUAAAUACAUACAUACAUACAUACAUAUAAUAUAUAUAUAUAUAUAUAUAUAUAUAUAUAUAUAUAUAUAUAUAUCAUAUAUUAUAUACACGUACAUACAAGAGACAAGAGUUGAAUGUAUUCAUCCCUCUAUAUUAAACUUUAACGAAUCCAGGAUUGAUCAUAUUUGUAGCCCUUUGAAAUCUGAGGCAGAGUCAACACGUAAUGAAAUGAAAAACGUGUGAAAAAAAAGAAACAUAUGAAAAAUAGUUCGUUUGAAGAUUAAUAGGCAAAGAGACUACAAUGUGAAAGCGCAAAUACAUAUACGUAUAUCUAUUAUUAUAAUAUAUGUAUGCAUGUCGCUGUUAUAAAACUUCGCGAUACGGGAAAUAAUUUGAACGAUAACGACUUGUCCGAAUCGAGGAAGAAUAAUAGAUCAAUAUCGAACGACUUCCUCUCGCACGAAGGGUCGAUCUUGGGUGUCGACGUACGUAAUGUUUAUGUAUAUAUAAUAACAUAUGCAUAAACGAACAAACUGCACUUUUGCCAAAAAGCACGCUAGUCGUGCCGUCGAAUGGCGUACAUAUUUUCAAGGGACGUUUUAAAAAAUCGGCCGGAGAAGGAAUUUCGUUACCCUGUUGUUGUAAUAAUAAUAAUAAUAAUAAUAAUAAUAAUAAUAAUAAUAAUAAUAAUAAUAAUAAUAAUAUUAAUAUUAAUAUUAAUAAUAAUAAUAAAAAUAAGAAUAAUUAUUAUCAUAAUAAUAUUAAUAAUAAUAAUAAUAUUAAUAUUAAUAAUUAAUAAUAAUUAUAACUUGCGGGUGUAUUCAAGACAGUUCCUACAUAUACAAAAGCUAAAACGAGUUAGGCGGUCGACUGUUGUCUAUUAAAAUAUGACGAUGAUGAUGAUAAUGAUGAUGAUGAUGAUGAUGAUGAUGAUGAUGAUGAAAAUGAUUACGAUUACGAUUAUGACGACGAGGAGAUAUCACGAUUCCAAUGUAAGCUUGAUUUUCCUUUCUCCGGCUGUUCCGGAGGAGUAUGUAUUUUAGAUUUAAGACAUAUCCACAGCGUGUAGUGUACUUGUAUAUGAACUAUCAAAAUAAAUAUUUUCAAUGUUUUUAACAAUA